AUGCAGCAGGGAUCCAAUACUCAACAGAAGCCUGCUUCACAGCCAAGACCCCUCACCCAGCAGGAGCUCCUUACCCAACACGAAGCUGAAUCCCAGCAGGAACCUAGAACCCAACAAAAAUCUGUUUCACAGCACGAACUUCUUGCCCCACAGGGGCCUGUACCACAGCAAUCACCUCCCACCCAAAGGGUGCGCUUCACUCAACAGGAAGCUGCCUCUCAGCAGGGACCUGGGCCAGGCAAAGACUCUACAGCUAAACAGGAACCAGAAUUGAGAGAGGGACAUGUAGCCCAGCCAGGACCUGGGCCAGUAGAGCCACCUCUAGCUCAACAAGAAACUGAAUCAACACUUACAGCCCAGGCUAAACCUGGACCCAAAAAGGGAACACCUGCCCAGACUGAAUCCACAUGCCAAGAGCGACUCGAGCAGUCGAACCCCAUAGCCCAGCAAACAAUUCUGAUCCAGGGAACCAAAUCCAGGCAGGAAUAUUUGACUGAGCAGGGAUUUCUAACAAAACUGAAGGAACUAUCCACCCAGCAAUCAACCAUAGAGUGGAAGGCAUUUUUUGAGUGGGUCACAGAUUUUGACUCAGAAUCAGAUGUGCGGUCAUCUUCAGAGACAGAUCCUCUGGCCAUGAGGGACGGAACAGUGGCCCAGGGAGUGAAGCUAGCCUUCAAAAAGAAACCGAGUUAUGAAGUGAUAUCAGGCUAUGGUGGGACAUCACCACAUGGGAAGAAAACCAGCGCCAAGAAUCACAAACACAACCAGGACACAGCCUCAAGGCUCACACACAGCAUGGACCUACGCACAAUGACACAGUCGCUCGUGACGCUGGCAGAGGACAACAUGGCCUUCUUCUCCAGCCAGGGCCCCGGGGAGACAGCACGGCGACUGUUGGGUGUCUUUGCUGGUGUGCGGGAGCAGGCGCUGGGGCUGGAGCCAGCCCUGGGCCGCCUGCUGGGUGUCGCACACCUCUUUGACCUGGACGCAGAGACCCCAGGCAAUGGGUACCGCAGCCUGGUGCACACGGCCCGCUGCUGCCUGGCACACCUGCUGCACAAAUCCCGCUACGUGGCCUCCAACCGCCGCAGCAUCUUCUUCCGCACUAGCCACAACCUGGCCGAACUGGAGGCCUACCUGGCCGCCCUCACCCAGCUCCGCGCUGUGGCCUACUAUGCCCAGCGCCUGCUGGCCACCAACCAGCCCGGGAGGCUCUUCUUCGAGGGUGAAGAGGGGCUCACCGCCGAAUUCCUGCAGGAAUAUGUCACACUGCAUAAGGGCUGCUUCUAUGGCCGCUGCCUGGGCUUCCAGUUCACACCCGCCAUCCGGCCAUUCCUGCAGACCAUCUCCAUCGGGCUGGUGUCCUUUGGGGAGCACUACAAACGCAACGAAACCGGCCUCGGUGUGACCGCCAGCUCCCUGUUCACCAGCGGCCGCUUCGCCAUCGACCCAGAGCUGCGUGGGGCCGAGUUCGAGCGGAUCAUACAGAACCUGGAUGUGCACUUCUGGAAAGCCUUCUGGAAUAUCACCGAGAUCGAGGUGCUAUCGUCUCUGGCCAACAUGGCAUCGGCCACCGUGAGGGUAAGCCGCCUGCUCAGCCUGCCGCCUGAGGCCUUUGAGAUGCCGCUGACCACUGACCCCACGCUCACGGUCACCAUCUCACCCCCGCUGGCCCACACGGGCCCUGGGCCAGUCCUCGUCAGGCUCAUCUCCUAUGACCUACGUGAAGGACAGGACAGCGAGGAGCUCAGCAGGUUGGCGAAGUCCGAAGGCCAGUGGACCCGGGAGCUGUGGCAGCGCACCCAGCAGGCACCCCGCUCACGGUCCCUAGUAGUGCACUUCCACGGCGGCGGCUUCGUGGCCCAGACCUCCAAAUCCCACGAGCCCUACCUCAAGAGCUGGGCCCAGGAGCUGGGCGCCCCCAUCCUCUCCAUCGACUACUCCCUGGCCCCCGAGGCACCCUUCCCCCGCGCGCUGGAGGAGUGCUUCUUCGCCUACUGCUGGGCCAUCAAACACUGUGCCCUCCUCGGCUCAACAGGGGAACGAAUAUGCGUCGCGGGGGACAGCGCAGGUGGGAACCUCUGCUUCACCGUGUCCCUUCGGGCAGCAGCCUACGGGGUGCGGGUGCCAGACGGCAUCAUGGCGGCCUACCCGGCCACAAUGCUACAGUCCACCGCCUCUCCCUCCCGCCUUCUGAGCCUCAUGGACCCCCUGCUGCCCCUCAGUGUGCUCACCAAGUGUGUCAGCGCCUAUUCAGGUGCGGAGACAGAGGACCACUCCGACUCGGACCAGAAGGCACUGGGUAUGAUGGGACUGGUGCGGCGCGACACAGCCCUGCUCCUCCGAGACCUCCGCCUGGGCGCCUCCUCGUGGCUCAACUCCUUCCUGGAGCUGAGCGGGCGCAAGUCCCAAAAGACGUCACAGCCCGUGGCAGAGCCCAUGCGACGCAGCGUGUCCGAAGCAGCGCUGGCCCAGCCCGACGGCCCACUGGGCACAGACUCCCUCAAGAACCUGACGCUGAAGGACUUGAGCCUGAGGAGCAGCUCGGACACAUCGGACACCCCCGAGAUGUCACUGUCAGCUGAGACACUUGGCUCCUCCAAACCUUCUGACACCAACUUCUUAGAGGGGUCUGAGGCUGCACUGGAAGAGGCGGAGGCCAGAAAUGAGCUCAGAGCCGAGGACAGAGGCCGGGGCGCCCUUGCCGCCUUCCCCGAGGGUUUCCACCCGCGGCGCUCGAGCCAGGGUGCCACGCAGAUGCCCCUCUCCUCCUCGCCCAUCGUCAAGAACCCCUUCAUGUCGCCGCUGCUGGCACCCGACAGCAUGCUGAGGACCCUGCCACCCGUGCACAUCGUGGCGUGUGCGCUGGACCCGAUGCUGGACGACUCGGUCAUGUUUGCGCGGCGACUGCGCAGCCUGGGCCAGCCCGUGACGUUGCGCGUGGUGGAGGACCUGCCGCACGGCUUCCUGACCCUGGCGGCGCUGUGUCGCGAGACGCGACAGGCCGCCGAGCUGUGCGUGGAGCGCAUCCGCCUCAUCCUCACUCCGCCCGCCGCGCCGCGGGUCUGA